AAAAUCGUGGAAUAAUUUACUUUUGCCGAUAAUCGUUUGCGCUGACCCGCUCCAGUAGUAAGCGGGUUGUUUUACUGAACGGAUCAUAAAUAAGACCAUGGUGGCUACGAAAAUACUUUGUUUGGCUGUAAUUUCGGCCGUGUUACCCCACACAAUACUGUCCCAACACAUAGUUCCCACCCUAUUGGUGCAUGGUGGUGCCGGAGAUGUAAGCGACGAUUCUAUUCCAUAUAAAAACGCUGGUGUUAAGCUAGCAGCCCGUAUUGGUUAUGAAGCCUUGAAAAAGACCGGCAAUGUCGUCGAAGCUGUACAACAAGCUGUCCAGGCUAUGGAGGAAAAUGAUCAAUUCAAUGCUGGUUAUGGCGGUGUCCUGACAUGGGAGGGAAAUGUGGAAAUGGAUGCAGCGAUUAUGGAAGGUGCCACUUUGGAUGCUGGCUGUGUUUCGCUCAUUCGUGAUAUUCUACAUCCCAUUGCCCUGGCUCGUAGUGUUAUGGAAAAGACACGACACAAAUAUUUGGCCGGUGAUGGUGCCAUGGCCUUUGCCAUUGAAGAUGGUUUUGAAAUAUUGCCCGAAGGUUCUCUGGUAACGGAGCGAGCGAAAAAAGCUUUGGAGGACUAUAAGAAUAGUUUGAAUAAAACAAAUUCGGCAUGUGAUGACGAGGAGGAACAACCGGAGAUUGGUGAUAAGGUGUUUGGUUCUCCCGGUACUGUGGGCGCUGUGGCCAUUGAUGCUUAUGGCAAUGUGGCGGCUGCCACAUCAACGGGGGGUAUUACUGGAAAAAUGCCUGGCCGUAUUGGAGACUCACCAAUUUUGGGUGGCGGCACCUAUGCCGAUAAUGCUGCUGGUUGUAUCUCGGCCACCGGUAAUGGUGAGACCAUUAUGCGUUAUAAUGUUGCCUCAAGAAUUCUGAGUUUAAUCGAACAUUUCGGCCUGACUGCCCAAGAGGCUACUGCCGCUGUUUUGGAACAAAUGACGGUGCGUUUUAAUCAGACAGCUGGUGUUAUUAGCAUUGAUCCGAAUGGUAAUUUGGGAAUCUACUUUACAUCGAGACGCAUGUCGUGGGCCUAUCAACGUGGCGAUGAACUUCAUUAUGGCAUCGAUAAAGGUGAAGAUAUUGUGGAAAUAAUUGGUGAACCAAGGGUGAAAUUUUAAAAUGUCGGAUAGACACACAUACAUAUACACAUAAAAA